ACAAAGCUCAGUUCUUCACAGGGAGUGUUCCAGGGUCGCACUUACCAAGGUUGUAUGGCAGUAUAAAACCUAACAGAGCGCCGUGAGAGGGCAGUAGUCGUAGUUUGCCUCUUUGGUAGACCAUCAGUUCCACUAUCAUGAACAGAAUAUUCGUCUUUGCUGCUUUUGUGGGCGCUGUUUUCGGACAGGGCUACCAUGGGGACCCCCAAACUGCGGCUAUCCUGAACGAACAGAGGUACCUGAGUGGUGAUGGUAAAUUCGGGGCCCAGUACUCCCAAGAGGAUGGGGUGCAGUUCAAGGAGGAGAGUGACGCUGAUGGCACCCGUCGGGGGACCUACUCCUACGUGGACCCCAACGGCCAAAGACACACCGUGAGCUACACUGCUGGCAAGCACGGCUUCCAAGCCACUGGGGAUGGCAUCCCCCAACCCUUACCGACGACCUUACCCGUGGCCCCCCAGCCCCAGUACACCCCCCUUCCCCAGUACAACCCCCCGGAGUACCGCGACCAGUACCAGCCCCAGUACAGGCCGCAGCCCCAGUACCAGCCCCAGCCCCAGUACCAACCCCAACCCCAGUACAACCCCCAGCAGUACCAAGCCCAGCCACAAUACAGGCCCCAGCCCGUCUACACGACGACUCCAGCCCCUCACAGAUUUUACCCUCCUGGAAAACUGUCGCUUAAUAGGUCGCCAGAUGGCUUCAGUUAUAGUUUCCAGAAGGCUUAAGUCGUAGUUAGGGAUCAUUGUCGCGUAGCUUAGGUUCACAAGUGUCCAUUAAUGUAUUAUAUUCAUAAUAAAAUUUUUAUUUAAAUGUUGAA